AUGAUUGUCCGUAUUUGGCGAUUGAUCGUUCCAUGCGGCUCUGAUUGGCUAAUGUUAAUUAUACGCGGGAAAACUGGGGAACUUGAAUCCUCUUUCGGCGCCAAAAUUGAAUCACUUACCUCACUUCGCCUCCAGAUCAAGUUCGUUUGGAAUUGUGCAGUAGAUAUUUCGCUUUUUGGUUGCCUUUUUCAGGAGAAUUUUCUUUGCACUAUGGCCGACAACUCAAAGCAAGAGAAGAAAAUCAAGAAGCCUUCCUCUUACGUCCUCAAACGAAGUAGGAUUUUUGUUUUUUCUUGUACGAACUGCGCCGGUAUUGGCCGCCAUCUUGUUCAUGUACAUUUUACUUUAAUUGGUCUUUCUCUUUCAGAUGGAAAAGAGGAGGAAAUCAAUCUAAACAAAGUUACUGCCAGGAUUAAAAAGCUUGGUUAUGAGCUCUCUGAUUUUGUCGACACGGUAAGAUUACCUUUGCGUGCAAAUCAGUGAACGUCAACUAACCGAAUUGAACAAUGACUUAUCUUUUGGCGCCAAAAGGCAAAACGAAAUCCACCAUUUAUCGUCAGAUUGAUGGCAAAUGCGUAUGUUUCUUCGAUGAAAUUUCAUAUUAAGGACUAGUUAAAUUCGUGGAACCCCUUGGUAUACCAUUUUCCUUGUCGUCUUCAGGUCAAUUUCAAAGAUCUUGGCGCGCAAUUUACAACUGCCUCUGUACCGUACACUCUUCCACAACAAAAGCCAAGCUGUAUAAGCUCGUCAGAAAUCCGUACAGUGAUCGUAGUUUACAGAUUUAUUCCUAUUUUCUCCAUUUUUAACAUGGAUUUACCAAUUUGUAUCGCGAAUGGCGUUGGUACGAAAUUUAUAUUCUCGGAAAAACUCACGAUAUUCAUAAUUUGCUAUUGGAAACAAUUUUAGCCUAAACUGGUUGUGCAUUAAGUACUACUUAACAUUUCUAGGCACAGUUUGCUAAGAUGGGCUACUAGUUUUAAGAUUUUUGAAAGGAUAAUUGAUGCGUCAUUGAGGAUAGCGCGAAAUCCAAACCACAUGCGUUUCAAAGAAAGUCAAGAAACGCACUGAUAAUAGAUUGUAGAGUGUACUUUUAACUCUACACGUACACUGCUAUGGAAAGCUAUUGUGCAGUCAGUGCAGUAACGAAACAAAUAUAUGAACUUGGGUUGUUAUUAAGCAUGUAUGUAAACGUAUCCUGUAUUCAUGAGGCACGUCACACUAUUAAUACUAACGAGAAUAAGAUAAGAACUUGUGUGCGCUAAUUGGGGAUACUUGACCGCAAUUAAAUAUCUAAUAAGUACUGAAAAUAUGAGAUAUAUGUACAUGUGUAAGUAUUGAAAAAUAUAUAAAAUUAUCAAUGAGUCGUGCAUUAAAAUCAAGGGUCAGUAGUCCAUUAGGCUCGUGAAAUAAACCAUUUUGAUGUGCUUGUGUCCAAUGGUUCUGAUAAUUGGAUAGAUUUGUCCAUUUUGGUCCAAAUGACAGGGCCUGAAGAACUCGGACUAUGUUUGCCAUAAGCAACAGUACAAAAUCUGGGUACGAAGUUGCAGGUUGUCUCUCAGAUAUUGCAGUAACCAUUCAGUUUACCCUCAAUCCUUUAACUCCCAAGAUCUGAUAAAAAUUUCUUCCCUCAAGUUGCUACACAUUUCCUUGUCAAUUAGUUGUUGAAAGAAUUUGGUGAGAGAUCAAGAUAACAUUUAAACUGACAAGUCUAGUAUCUGUUAGAUAAUGUAUGGAUAUUAUGAGAAGAAAUUAACAGUUACAACUUGAUUUUCUUUUGCAUGAUUCAGUUUGAGAUUGUCAAGAAGGUAAUUGAUGGCAUCUACCCUGGUGUAGCCACAACUCAGCUGGAUAUACUUGCUGCUGAGAUUGCUGCCUCCAUGACAACCAUACAUCCUGACUAUGCUGUCCUUGCAGCCAGGAUUGAGGUUUCUAAUCUUCACAAAGAAACGAAGAAGAUUUUCAGUGGUAGGUGUCUUGUAUCUUCCCUCUCUACUCUGCUCUACCUCUUAAACUCACCUUUAUUCCUACAAGAUCUGGCAAGUACUGUAGUAUGGAAACCAAGAAAUCACUUUGACCACAGAUUUCCAUCUAUAAUCAAUUUUAGUCCCCAAAACAAGUGAAAGAAAUUUUAGAAAUUUUUUUGCAUUCAACCUUGUACCCUUACGAGUGAGUAGCCCCUAACUUUUUGUCACAGUAUCAUCCCUGAAUUAUACUUAAAGGUCACAUUCCAAAUGGAUUCAUUUUGCAUGGUUGUGCAUCCUUCUCUUAUUUUCUUGUAUUUAAUAAUUUUUUCCCAUAGAGGUAAUGACAGAUCUCUAUAACUAUGUCAACCCAAGGAAUGGUAAACAUUCUCCGCUGAUCUCCAAGGAAACUUAUGACCUCAUAAUGGAGAAUGCCGAUGUAAGUUUUUAAACCAAGCACAAGCUUGUUAUCUAUGUUAGAACACUAUUACCCUAAUUAUUAGAACUGAUACCUAGUCCUUCAUUAAAGCAAAUAGAUACCUUUGUUCUGACAAAGGGGGUAGCACUGGGAAUGUCAGCUUAUGGAACUCUUUAUUUUGGCUAAUUUACGUCUUGAAAGCCAAGUAAUCGUGGUUACAUAGUUUAUAUCUGAGAUGUUAAUUUAAUAUUUCCUAGAACGCAGCUGGUUUGAGUUAUAACAAUAUGAUAUGGAAUAUUUGUAUUGGGGUUAUCUGUGACUAUUAUUAGAACAGUUGGGUGGAUUUGAAUUUUAGAGAGUUUUACAACAGAUGCGAGUACCUUUUUUACGACCCUGUUUGUGAGAAUUUGAAGUCAUAUCAGAGCUCUCCUUGGUUAGAUCAAUAUAUUAUAAAGGCAAUGUUACUUAAUAAAUAUGAUAAUUUGCCAGUUCGUUCACUAAUCAGAGUGAAAAUAAUAUUAUCAGAGACUGGGCCCAAACGUAGUUGCAGGGCGUGAAAUUGCGUCCAAUACAGGCGCCAAUGUGACUAAAUUUUUCACUUCGGCGACCAAAUCCUGAAAAUUAGUUGCCAAAUUGGCAACUAGAGUGCUUCAUCAUAACCUUACUUAGAGAUAAAGUGAAUUAAAUUGGACAUCCUAGUGUCCAAUUUGUGGCAUGUUAAAGAUCUUUUUCCUAACUUAAUUUUGGAGGGUCUAUCUAGAAUGCUGACAGCAUUUUAAAGAGGUUUUAUUUGUCUUUAAAAAUGGCAACCAACUUUUUUUGAAUUGGCUACCACUUUGAAAAAUUUAGGAGCCAAGUGGCUAUCAGAAAAAAAAGUUAAUUUCAUGCCCUGAGUUGAGUUUUGAUUGACACUGCAUGUGCGUGCAGUCACGCGUGUUGCUUUUAAGGGAGUGUUAUUUCAUCAGGAAAAGGUGUAAAACAGUUGAAAGAAAACCUGUGAUUGUGACUUCAGGGUACUAAACUUUUAUUGCCUUAGAGGCAUUCCCGAAAAUAUAAGCAAUCUUGUUUUGUUUACCAAUAUUUAAACCUGAGAUUAAAACUAAAAUCCUCAAUUAUUGCCUCUUUUUUUUCUUUCUCAGAGAAUUGACUCGGAGAUCAUUUAUGAUCGUGACUACCAAUACAACUACUUUGGUGUUAAGGUAUGUGUGUGGACUCUUCUUGUCCAAUUGAAGUUAAACCAUUCUUUCCUACUCAAUCAGGUUUAAAAUCUUUAAAAUGACUCUUUCCAGACAAUGAUGAGGUCUUACCUGCUUAAAAUCAAUGGCAAAGUUGCCGAACGACCACAGCACAUGUUGAUGAGAGUUGCACUUGGAAUUCACCAGACUGACAUUGAAGCAGCAAUUGAAACAUACAAACUGUUAUCAGAGAAGUGGUUUACACAUGCAUCACCGACCCUGUUCAAUGCUGGUACAUGUAAACCUCAACUGUCCAGUUGUUUUCUUGUGACCAUGACAGAUGACAGCAUUGAUGGUAUUUAUGACACACUGACUCUUUGUGCUAAGAUAUCCAAGGCUGCAGGUGGAAUUGGAAUCAACGUGCAUAACAUCCGGGCUUCUGGAAGCUACAUUGCUGGGGUAAGAAAUCACACUGAAGAUGGUAAACAUAUCAUUGCUGUUAUCAGGAGUAUUGUGAACUGCUGUUCAUGCUGUUUGUCCUGCAAUGCAUGCUUUCAUACAGGGUGGGUUGUUAGGAACAAUUCUAGCAUGGCCAGUAAGUUUUUAUCAUCAAAUUCUAAAGAGCAGGCCUUCUACAGCUCUAGAUUCUCAUUGUGAUGCCAAUAAUGUGUGGAUAUGUUUUAAAACUUAGCAGACCUUACUCAGGGUGGGUGCUCAUUCAAGGUUGGAAAAUUAAUAAUUGAAUAAAUAUAGUACCAUUGUUCUGACUGGCCAUAGGGAUAACUAAAUGUGAUUUUGACACUGAUAAAAUACAAUGAAAAGCCCUUUUCCAUGCUGUGAAAUUAUCAAAUUUUUUGUUGGAGGGAUUUGCCAAUUUUUAUUUCUUUUUUAACUAGACCAAUGGAAUCUCAAAUGGUCUUGUUCCAAUGUUGCGUGUGUACAAUGCCACAGCCAGGUAUGUUGAUCAAGGAGGCAACAAGAGGCCUGGUGCCUUUGCCAUAUAUCUGGAGCCUUGGCACAGCGAUGUUUAUGAUUUCUUGGAACUGAGAAAGAACACUGGCAAAGAGGAGCAGGUGAAAAAAAAUUAGAUGAUUUUUAUUAUUAAUUUUCUGUUUAGCUCAAAAUUUAUUGUAGAGGUGAACUGAGUUCUCAGCAUGACGUUGAGAAAUUUCAAGCAGAUUUAGGGUUGUUGUAAGCAAAUUUAAUAGAGGUACAGUCUUAACUGAGUAGGUGGAUGAAAAGGUUGUUUCUCUCUACUGUGUUUCUUUACUGUAUUUCAUUCAAGAUUACAGUAAUGCAAUUUAUAGAAUGAUAUAUCUCAAAAGGAAACAAAUAUAGAGGUUUUGGAGUGAACACCUGGACUAUAUUUCCUUAGGAUUAGAAUUGAAAAUAUUAUUUUGGGUCUUUAAAGUUAACAACAGGGUUUGUAUGGGUCCUGGAAAACCUGAAUAGUCCUGGAAUUUUAUUUUGACAUUUUCCAGAACUGGAAAGACCUGGAAAUCUGCUCAACUUAAGCAAGAAAGUUUUCAUAAUUUACUUUACAAGAAAUGUAUGUAGACUGUAAGGAGAACUGAUUUUGAAAUCUUAGGAAUGAAAGAGUUUUAGUCCCUGGAAUUUGUUUCUGUAAAAGGGUAUGAAUUAGGAAGGAAAGAUGUAUUAGUUACUUUAUGCUAAAUGGUUAUCUUUGAUUCCCUAGCGUGCUCGUGAUCUUUUUUUUGCAUUGUGGAUCCCUGACUUGUUCAUGAGGCGUGUUGAGAAGGAUGAGAUGUGGUCACUAAUGUGUCCUAAUGAGUGUCCUGGAUUACAGGACUGUUGGGGUGAGAAAUUUGAAGAGCUCUAUGUCAGGUAUGUGUUAAGUGCAGAGUGCUCAUUUUGUAUAAAAGAUUAUAGUCACUUAUCAGCCUGGCAGGCCAUUAUUUUUGCUGUAUGUCAGUUCAUAAAGCAUCUGGCCAUAAAUCAAGAAUUUGCCUGGGUGGGAAUCCCCUCCUGAAAACCAAAAAAAAGGACUCAAAUUUAACUAGGGAUGAUUCUUUUUAAGCAGCCAUUGGACACAACCAGUAAAACUCUAAUUUGAAAUAUUAAUGGCGGGCUGGAACCAUGAGGGUAGCAUAAGGAAGGGGCAGAAAUGUUGCAAAAAGGAACCAUGGCAACUGUGUCACGACCUACCUCCAGGAAUCCGUCAACAUAACACUGACAAAGCGCUAUAUGGAAUGAGUACUAACCAAAAAUCUGAAAGUGAGAGAGGAAAGGAGCUGCCACAUUGAGCAAAAGCAUGUGGCAAUUGCCCUGCAAACUCCCUUGGAGCCCCAACCCAAACAAUAAAAUUUCAUAAAAAUAGGCACCUGUUAGGAAAACAUUCCAAAGGUUGAAUGGUUUGGCACCAAAUACUAUCAGUAUGGAUCAUGUUUAUUUCUUCCUUUUAACCCUCUUUGUAAAUAGGUAUGAGGAACAAGGAAAGUUUCGGAGACAAGUCAAAGCACAGAAUCUUUGGCAGGCUAUCUGUCAAUCACAGAUUGAGACAGGCACACCUUACAUGCUGUACAAAGAUGCAUGCAACAGGAAAAGUAAUCAGCAGGUACUCAAGUGGGUUGACCCUUUACACCCAAACAUCAGUAUGCAUAUUCUCCAUACUGUUCUCUGUACAUUUCCUAGGAUGCUGACAAAAAAAAUUUGUUUUACAAUCAAGAACUUCUUUAGUUUGAGAUCAGUUCCAUUAUUUGCAUGAUUUUGAUGUGUGAUUGAGGGGUUAUGCAAUGAAAAAAAUACAUGCCAGUCACUUUUAGGGAUAAAAAGGUUCCUUAUUUAUUUAUUCUUGACUCACGACACUUUGCUCUGACAAAGGGCUAACACUUGAAAUGGCAAUUUUAAAAGUCUUUUGCAGUGGCCAAUUUAGUUGUCAACUCAGUUGAUGAUACUAAACUACCUUGUUAUACUCUUCCACUAGUGCAACACCACAGUUUCUUUAGAAACCUACCCCCUUUAUUCAUUUAUCCUUAUCUACCUGGUACUAGAUAUAACUAUCAAAAUGUACUGAUAUUGAAAACAAAUUGUACUUUUUUUUUUUAAUCAAACUGCAUUUCCUUCCAGAAUGUUGGGACAAUCAAAUGCAGCAAUCUGUGCACUGAAAUUGUUGAGUACAGCUCUCCAGAUGAGGUGAGCUUUAACAUUAACAUUGAGUAAAUCCUUGUUUUGUUCUUUUGUCUCUUGUGUUUGGUCUCAAGUAUAAAGAGUCAUUCUCAUACUGUCUUGGGGACUGAAAAAGUUUGGAAAUAUUUCAUGUUCAUUACAUGAAUGGUAAACAAACUUAAUCACUUUGGGAGGUCUAUUGACAGUUCAAAGUGAAAUUACAAACACUAUUGAUCAAAAGGACACUUUCUGCUAUAAAUUUUUGCCUUGUGAAGAAAAUUCAGCAAAAAAAAAAGCUCUUUGUUCAAACAAAAUGUUAAUUUGAUAGAGCAAAAACUGAAAUUUGCUGUAUUUUGUUUGUAUUACUUUUGCACAAUACUGUACCUCUUGCUUGAAAAAAAAAGUUUUGCUCCAGUGUUCUCUUCAGAAGGCAUCAGGAGGCAUUCCUAUUUGACUGUCAUGGAAACUUUGUGAUGAUUGACACACAUCCAAACAUGCUUAUAACUGCAUGAAAUGUUAUCAUUAAAAUGAAGUGAUGGCCUACUGGUGUGAGGGAAUCCUUCAGAAAGAAAGCCUAAAUAAAUCCUCAUAAGAACCUUACAUAUUAUUAAGCAACAAAGUAUCUUUCCAUUCAUCUCUCAGGUUGCUGUCUGUAACUUAGCAUCUCUGGCACUUAACAAGUUUGUUGUAACCAAUGGAGGGGGCCGACCCACAUACAAUUUCCAAAAACUUUUUGAGGUUACCCAGGUUAGUACAUAGAUUAGGAAAAUGAUCACUGUGUCAAUAUCAAAUAAUUUACUCCUUGUUAAUUUCCUGUAUAAAAUUUUUAGGUGGUAACACGCAACCUAAACAAGAUUAUCGACAUCAACUAUUACCCAGUGAAGGAGGUUUGUGUUUAAGAGGCAUCUUAUUUUGUUUCAUUCUUUGUUUGUCUGUUUUAUAUUGAUAUAUAUAUAUAUAUAUAUAUAUAUAUGUAUCUCAGUAUCUCACCUUUUUGUCUAUGGGCUGUUAUGUUUCUCAGAGAGGGUAAGAAAUUUUGCUGUGCUCAAAUUCUUUUGUUCAGUCUUUUUGGUAAUUUUUUUUCUCUUUUGCAUUAAGUUUUGUGUAGAGUCAAUUUUGUUCAACUAACUAUUAGUCAUACAAUUCCUAGAAUGUUAGUUCAGAGAAUGUAGGAUUGGAUCAACUAAUUAUCCCCAAAUUGAUAUUUUUCUUGACUCUCACCACUUAUCUGGUUGAUGUUGUAUUGAUACUGUAAGGAGAAAUUCUGCCUUGAUCACUCAUGAGAGUUAAAGGGUUAAUCUAAUGCAAAUUCCUGCUCCAGAUGGUGUAUUAUUACUUUGCCAACUUUUAUUUACAUCAUUUCCAUUAAAUUGUGGCAUUUACUCACUUAACUUUUUCUUUUUUUUUUGGUUUGAAUUUCCAGGCUGAAAAAUCCAACAAGAGACACAGGCCCAUUGGUAUCGGAGUUCAGGUAAAAAUAGUGUUUUAAUUUUUGGGCGACUCACCACAGUUUUUUUAAAGUACAAUUCCACUAGAGGCUCACUGUGUGAGUAAAAAAAUUUCACUGCUGAUUAAUUCUUUACUGUUCUUUCAGGGAUUGGCUGAUGCCUUCAUUCUAAUGAGAUAUCCAUUUGAAAGUGAAGAGGCCAGAGAUAUGAACAGGAAAAUAUUUGAGACAAUCUACUAUGGGGCUCUGACAGUAAGUGCUUUUCAUUUAUAGGUUUAUGAGAUUAUUUUGGACAUGCAUUGUUUGAGAGUCGCAAGGCUAGAGGCUCUGCAAGAAUAAACUCAGUGUUCCCCAAACAGAAAUUUUUCAUAUCUCUUCCUACUCUGAGUUGGAACUUGUAAACCUAACCUUGAAAAUCUUGUAUUGGUAGUUCAAUUGUUAAAGAAUAACUACUUUGCUUUCAUCUAUAGAUCUAGUUGUUCAGCAUUCAUAAGAAGAUGACGAAUAUCUAAUACUUUUUACUCUAUUACAGGCUUCCUGCAAGCUGGCUAAAGAAAAAGGGACAUAUGAGACCUACCAAGGGUCACCUGCAAGCCAAGGGGUAAAGAUGUUCUUUAGACUGAAUUGCAUCUUUUAUUAGGUGGUGAUAAGAGAUUGUUAUCAAAAAGUAAAGAUUCACCAUAUCAAGAGGUGAAAAAUAAGGAUAAUUUUUUUAAGUGGAUUGUACAUCUAAUAUCAACACCCCAAGUUGCAACCAAUUUGGUUGCCAUGGCAAGUAAAAUUUUGACCAAAGGCACCAAUUGGUGACCAAAAGAUUUGGGGGGGGGAAAAAAAAAUUUAUUGAUCCUUGGUAAAAUUAUCAAAGGGUGACCAAAAUUUUUUCUAAAACAACAAUUUUACAAUUGAAGGUUGCCAAAAGGUGACUUUUUGAGAAAUUGAACUUGGCAGCCAUGUCAAUGUGGAAACAUCGACAGAGAUGUACCAAAGUAACAAGUCACUACUGGGAAUGAAGAGGGAUGAAAAUUUGUUUAACCCUUUAACUCCCAAGGAUCUGAUUGUUAAAUCUCUCCUCUAGCUGCUACACAUUUCCAUCUGUAAUAGCUGCAAGAAUUUAGUAUUAGAUCAAGAUAACAACUUUAAUCUGAUAAGUUUGAGUAUUCUCAUUACCUGCUUGCUGGUCAAUGUAUGGAUAUAAUAGGGAGAAGACACAUGUUAAUCACUUCUGGGAGUUAAAGGGUUAACAACCCAGAACUUCUUUAGUUGGUCACCAUUUUCUUCUUUCUCAAGACCUUAAUAUUUGAUUCAGGGGUGAUAAUGCGAGGAGAAAUUAGAUACUGAUCACUUUCGGGGAAUAAAGGUUAAAGGCACCCACUCUGACUUCCUUCACUUAUUAACCCUCCCACUCCCAAGAUUUCAUUUGUAAUUCUCCUUACUUUGUGAUAUACAUUUCUGAUGAUGUUAUUUUACGAGAACUUGAUAUUAGAUCAACUUAUAUUUGCCUAGUUUGUAUUUUUCUUUGUACUCAUCUCUUGUCUACCUGGUUUUGUUUUAAUAUUGUGAGGAGAAAUUCUGUCUUGGUCACUCAUGGGAGUUAAGGGGUUAACAUUCUUAAUCUUUUUCACUUCUAAAGAAACUUCAGUAUGAUCUUUGGAAUGUCACUCCAUCUGAUUUCUGGGAUUGGGCAGCUCUCAAGGCAGAAAUAAAAAAGUAAGAUUUUCAUUUUUUUAGUUAAUGAAAUAUGGCUGUCAAAAUCUUUUAAUUCUCAAAGUUCUGUUGCCUGACUAAGACUAUCAGUGUAGCAGUCAAAACACCAUGAUCAAUACAUUUGAUAGGUAAUUUUAGCGUUAACAACUGAGUUGAAAAUGGAAAUUGUCCACUGUUAAGAGUUUAAAGGCUGACAUUUUGAGUGUUAACCCUCAGCAAUUGCUCUGAUGAAGGGCUACCACUUGAAACAACAGCCUUUAAACUCUCUAUGGUGGUCAAUUUAUUUUUUCAACUCAGUUGUUAACACUUAAUUACCUGUUAUACUCUCCCACCAACACAGCACCGCAGUUUUUUGACAAACUUACCCCCUUAAUGCAUUUGAUAGCCCAACUCCACACUGGGAGACAAAGUAUUUAACAUUUCACUUAUCUGAAAAACCACAAUGAACAACAACAUUUUCUAUAACAGGGUGUCUGUUAAUCAUAUAAUUUGAUAAGAACAUUCCAUUUGACAACUUGAUGGAUUAUUACUUUUUGUUGUUUAUUUAGGUAUGGAUUAAGGAAUAGUUUGUUGAUUGCACCAAUGCCAACAGCUUCCACUGCACAGAUCCUUGGCAACAACGAGUCUUUUGAGCCUUACACGAGUAACAUCUACACUCGACGCGUUCUCUCAGGAGAGUUUCAGGUACAUUCUUGAUUGUUGUAGAAAAACAAUGAUAUACACAGUAUUCUCCCUUAUUUUAAGCAUGACAGGUAAAAUAAAUUUUCAAACCAGUAAAGCAAUCCUUUUACAAGAUUUCCAAGCAGUUUUAAAUGGUACUACAAUACUAUGGGCGGUAAAUGUUACCGGUUACUGCCUGAAAAGGAGAACACUGUAUACAGUAUUAGUAGUGAAAAUAAAGGCUCAUUGCAGUUAAUGUCUUUUUAUCUUGUAGAUUGUAAACCAUCAUCUGUUGAAGGACUUGACUGAAAGAGGACUCUGGAAUGAGACUUUGAAGCACAAAAUCAUAGCCGCAAAUGGAUCCAUUCAGGUAUUUGUGAAAUGGUACAGGUCAUGAACAACCUCCAAAGAAGAUUCCUAAUGGACUGACUGAUUCCUUAAUACCCAAUGACAACAAAUGGGCUUUCUUGAUCAACAGUUGUUAGGUGUAUAUUAGGCAGUGGAGGUUGGAGAAUUCUCUAGCCAAAUUUCAAUGCCCUGCAUUUAUUUUUUUCAAAGUCUCAUCUUACUACAUACUUUUUUCCUGCAACUACAGAUAUGUGCAGUUUUUAAACUGCAUAUACAAGCCACUAACAAAGUCAGAUCGUCCCUAUUUGGCACUCAUUAUUUAAUUGAUUUACUUAUUUUCUUUGGAGUCAUCAAAGAAUUUUAUGACACUUAUUAAAAAGGUGUCCUUUGUUCUUCACUACAGCACAUUGAUGAGAUCCCUGAUGACCUAAAGCCUUUGUACAAGACAGUUUGGGAAAUUUCUCAGAGAACUCUUGUGGACAUGGCAGCAGACAGAGGAGCUUUCAUUGACCAGAGCCAGUCCUUCAAUGUGUUCUUUGCUGAACCCAGUUAUGGCAAGCUAACAAGCAUGCAUUUUUAUGGCUGGAAAAAGGUAAAUGUUUUUUUAUGAAUGGUGUUGUCACAUUAGACAUGUGCCAUAUUAAAGUGAUUAGUUUUUGUUCAUUUUCCAGAGCAUGAAUAUUUUGUUGAGUUAGUUGAAUGAUAGAUUCUUGUGAGCCUAGUUUCUCUUGAUUUCAUCAGCAUGGAGUGUUGUAACUCCUGGAAGCCUCUUGGAUAGAAUGCUAAUUGAACUGGCUUUCAAUGUGUUUUCUUCUAGCAGACUUUGCUUGGUGCAUUUAGACGGCUUCUACCUAAUCAUAGGGGCUCCUAAUUGUUAAAUAAGGAGCCAGCCAUUAUUUGUCACCUGGGGGUGUGGGGUUGCAUGGAUUUCGGGGGGAACAGUUGUCUCCAAUAUAGUAUAGAAAAAUGAUUGCCAAUUAAUUGCCAGUGAGGGGGGAGGAUUAAGAGUAUAUUACAGAGCGGUAUAUAGGGACGAGUCAACCGAGUCAAGGGGGGUUGCAUGGAUUUUAGGGGGAACAUUCGUCUCCAUUAUUGUAUAGAAAAAUGAUUGCCAAUCAAUUGCCAGUGAGGGGGGAGGAUUAAGAGUAUAUUACAGAGCGGUAUAGAGGGACGAGUCAACCCCUUGACAACUUGGCAGUUUUAUUUAAAUAUUCCCUCAUGGAGAGAAGCAUUCUGAGGGUUGUCUCUUAACUUUUAACUCCCAUUAGUGAUAAACAUGUAACUUCUCACAAUAUCCAUAUAUUAUCCAGCAAACACGUGAUAAGAGAACUCUAGGUUGUACAAUAGAAGUUGUUCUAUCAACCUAACUCAAAAUUCUUGUUACCAAUUGACAUGGAAAUGUGUAGCAGCAUGAGGGAAGAAUUUAUAUUCAGAGUUAAAGGAUUUGAAAUAAAAAUGGAACACAGCAUGAUAACAUAGCUAGAGUGACUUUAGUAGGUGUCUUUAAUACAACCCAAUGAAUAAUGGGCUGCUUGUUACAUCUUGCAGGGCCUGAAGACUGGAAUGUACUACUUGCGUUCACGCCCUGCUGCUAAUGCAAUCCAGUUUACAGUUGAUCAAGAAACCCUCAAGAAGACAGCUAAAACCAAAAAGGAGAACACAGAAGUCUUGGCAUGCUCUCGGGACAAUCCUGAUUGCUUAAGCUGCAGUGGAUAA